CAGCUCGCCAGUUGCCAACCGAUAGUUGCAGUUAGUUGAGCUAGCAGGUUGUGGGGAAAGGGCAGCGAAACCUCUGCACCUUUACCACCAGCACUGGCCACUUCUGCAAGGUUGGGCGUUACAGUACGUGCCAGAAGAAAGCCGUUACAAAUUUCUUGUCCAUCAAGCGUUAAAUAAAUGUGCUGUUCCAUGAUUUGUGUGUAAAAGCCGACCGUGUGGAUCGCCUGCUUUUUCUUUUCCUCUGAAGGGGCGUGUUCUCGCUAUCUUGACUGAAAGCCCCGUUCUCUCCCUCUGUAUCAGCUACCCGCUAUCUAGCCAGGCAACGUCGGUUCGUUUUGUAGCUGAAAAUAGCCAGCUAGCUACGCUAAACGCUAAACUACAGGCACAGACCUAUGCAGACCUGAACUUGCGAACUGUUAGCGCAGACGGGAAAAUGCGUCCGGCUGCCAGUGAAGACGUUUGUAGGAAGACACCAUGAAAGAGUGAGAGGGACCGGUGGGGGGAGACUGUUUUUAUCGGCGGAUUUGACCGGCUUUUCGAGGGGAGAACGCCUCUGCUCUGCUGGCUAACUUGGCCAGGCUCCGACGAGCGGGAGGGUUUACGCUUGCUUCGGGAGAGUUGCCGUGUUAAAACCAAGGUCCAGGCUCAGCGUGGCUACGCAGUGAGGGUGCCCAUGAGAAAACCACGCCGGAGGGGGGGUGUGUCCACGGGUUUGGGGGGCAGAAAAGGUGAUGCCACCCCCCGAAGUGGUGGAGGUCGGGGGUCAGCACAGCCCCGCUCACCGUCCCCCUACAGGCUCAAAGUUUCACCAACCCGUGAAACCCUGACCUACGCCCAGGCCCAGAAGAUGGUGGAGGUGGACCUGGAUGGCCGGCUUCACCGGAUUAGCAUCUUUGACCCGCUGGCCAUCAUCACGGAGGACGAGAUGACGGCGCAGGACAUUGCGGAGUGCAAUAGCAACAAAGAGAACAGUGAGCAGUCGUCUGCGACCAGCGUGGCGAGCCCGAGCCGCAGGUCCACCAGCAGUAAAAGCAAAAAGAAAGACUCUAAGAAUGCGUACACUUCCUCACAGAACCACUGCUCGAAUUCACAUGGACAGUCUCACUCGCACAGUAACCACUGCCCCUUACCCGAGCCCACCUUCAGGGUGCUUGAGUCCUUUACACCCACAGAGGCCUCUCCUCUACCCACAGCGUACUACCGCUACAUGGAAAAGUCUCAAGAGGAGCUGGAGAACGAGGCAGAGUACGACAUGGAUGAGGAGGACGUGGCCUGGUUGGAGAUGGUGAACGAGAAGCGGACAUCGGAGGGCCAGCCAGUUGUUUCGGCGGACACCUUUGAGGUGCUGAUGGACCGUCUGGAGAAGGAGUCGUUCCUGGAGUCAAGGAGCCAGGCUCCUCCUCAGAGUUCCAUCGAUGAGGACGCUUUCUGCUGCGUGUGCUUAGACGACGAAUGCCUUAACAGCAACGUAAUCCUCUUCUGCGACAUGUGCAACCUGGCUGUGCACCAGGAGUGCUACGGGGUCCCCUAUAUCCCAGAGGGUCAGUGGCUGUGCCGCUGUUGCCUCCAGUCCCCCUCCCGCCCUGUGGACUGCGUACUGUGCCCCAAUAGGGGCGGAGCGUUCAAACAGACCAGCGACGGCCGAUGGGCUCACGUGGUGUGCGCCAUCUGGAUCCCCGAGGUGUGUUUCGCAAAUACUGUCUUUUUGGAGCCUGUCGAGGGAGUGGACAACAUCCCUCCUGCCAGGUGGAAGCUGACAUGUUACCUGUGCAAGCAGAAAGGCUGUGGGGCGUCCAUCCAGUGCCACAAUGCCAACUGCUACACGGCCUUCCACGUUACCUGCGCCCAGAGGGCGGGACUCUUCAUGAAAAUUGACCCGGUGCGAGAAACGACUGUGAAUGGGACGACAUUUUCUGUGAAGAAGACAGCGUUCUGCGAGGCGCACUCGCCAGCGGACAAAGAGGGCUCAGAUGAUGAGGAGACUGGGGGGAGGGUGGUGGGUGGACGGGCAAACAGGGGGAGCAGUGCCUACGUUCAGACGCCCCAGCUGAAGUCAGGACGGAGCAGUAAGAAGGACGUCAGCAUGAAGAGGAAGGGGAAGAAGAGCCAAGAUGUAACGUCCAGAAAAGUGACAACACCAGUGGUCUCUGUGCCACAGAUACCUCCACAUAGAUUGAACAAAGUUUUUAAAGGAAUUGUAAUUCAAAGAAAGAAUUAUUUUAUGCAGAGGUUGCACAAUUAUUGGUUACUGAAGCGUCAGUCACGCAACGGAGUGCCUCUCAUUCGCCGGUUACACUCACAUCUGCAGGCCCAGAGGAGUGCAGAUCAGGCUGAGCCAGACGAAAAGUUGAGCGCUGUGAGACAAGAGCUUAAAUACUGGCAGAAGUUGCGGCACGACCUAGAACGAGCACGGUUACUGGUUGAGCUCAUCCGCAAGAGAGAGAAACUAAAGAGAGAGCAGGUGAAGGUUCAUCAGGCGGUGAUGGAGCUGCAGCUAACUCCUGCUCUGAUGCUGCAGCGUUCCACCCUGGAACAGCUGCAGGAGAAAGACGCGGCACAGAUCUUUGCACAGCCUGUCGAUCUCAAAGAGGUACCAGAUUAUUUGGAAUUCAUCUCUCAGCCCAUGGACUUCUCCACCAUGAGGUCCAAGCUGGAGGCACACAAGUAUCGCACUCUCUCGGACCUGGAGGCGGAUUUUAACCUCAUGAUCUCUAACUGCCUUCUCUACAACGCUAAAGACACAGUGUUCCACCGGGCCGCGGUGCGUCUGCGGGAGCUCGGGGGUGCUAUUUUGCGGCACGCACACAGGCAGGCUCAGAACACAGGGCUGGACCCAGAUACCGGCAUGCACCUGGCAGAGUCACCGCACAAGAACAACUACUACAGGAGCACGCUGGAGGAUGUGGACACACUGCUGGACCCGGAGAACAGGCUGCAUAUGUCAGCGGAGGAUCAGCUGAAGGAACUACUGGAUAAGCUGGACGUGGUGACGUCCAUGCGCUCCAGCGGGGCCCGAACCCGCCGCAUCCGGCUGCUGCGCAAAGAGAUCAACAACGUCCGCUACCGCCGCAACUCGCACCUUUCCAACGGAGACGUGAAAGAGGAAGAUGAGGAUGAAGAGGAGGAUGAGGACGACAAAGAGAUGGACACUGAAAACAAUCUGUCUUCAUCCUCAGACAAAGAUGAUUGUAAAUCCACACCUCCUCCAACCCUGGAGCCCUCGGGCCUGGCCUUAUCCCCUCCUCCUGGGGACACUCCCCAGGAUCCCCCCACCCUCCGGCCAAUGACAGCCGACCCAAAGACCUCCUCGGCCUGCCCUUCUGAAGCCCUCAAACUGAACAAUGAGAGCCAGGAUGUAGAGCCAGAGACAGAUGUGGCGUCUCAGAACAGAGCGCACGACACUCCCCCGGUUUUGUCCCCGAGUGAGGGGAAGCUGCUGAAUGGCAUUUCAGACACUCUGUCCCCCACCAGGCCCGUGUCUGGAGGAGUGGGCCGCCGCACCUCUGUCCUCUUCAGAAAAGCGAAAAACGGAGCCAAGCUACAGCGCGAAAGAGACAAUCAGCUGCAGAAUGGGAAUGGUGGGGAGAGCAAAGCACCUCCACUUUCCCUCAGCUGCAGCAGCACCCCAACCAUCACCACCUCUGCUACGCCUCUAACCACAAACAUCGAGACAUCAGCUCAGACAUCUCGAUCAUCAACACCCCCUCCCUUACUCACCCCAGCCAAUCAGGGAGCCCGCAGCCGCAGCACUAGCCCUGAGCGGGAACGGGAGAAGACCCCACCCCGCUCUAUAGAAUCUGCCCUCACAAAUGGUUUCAGAAAGCACAAAGACGGCGGCUCGGACUCUGAGAGCAGUCCCUCGCCCAUACUCAAGAAGGAAAUCAUCUUGCCACCAAAAAAAAGUCGUGGAAAACCUGCGUUGUCCAAAGUACCAUUUUUAGAGACUGUUAAUGGAGAUUCUGACUACACUGGUCCAGUGGAUAUGCUGUCUAUAGAGAGUGAUGCUGAACUUGAGCCUCUGGAUCUGGUAUGGGCCAAGUGUAGAGGUUACCCGUCCUACCCUGCUCUGAUCAUAGAUCCAGACAUGCCAGAGGAGGGUCUGCUGCAUAACGGAGUGCCUAUCCCUGUCCCCCCUGCGGAUGUGCUGCGGCUUGGAGAGCAGAGGCAGGAGGAGGCUGGCGAGAAACUCUUCCUCAUCCUCUUCUUCGACAACAAGCGCACGUGGCAGUGGUUACCUCGGGAGAAGCUGCUCCCCCUGGGCGUGGACGACACGGUGGACAAACUGCGUCUGAUGGAGGGCCGGAAGACCAGCAUCCGGAAGUCCGUGCAGGUGGCUUACGACCGAGCCAUGAUCCACCUCAGCCGAGUACGAGGAGACCACGGCUUCGUCGGCUCCAACUUCCUAUAGAGCCUCCCAAGCCUCAGCACAUUUCGAUACCUGUCAUCACUACUACUCAAAUACCACUCGCACAUGCGGCUGCGUCCCAAAUCAGUCCUUCUAGCGGACUUGCAGGCUACAAUUUAGAGGGCAGAGUCCCUCAGUGAUGCCCAAAGUAGUGCACUGCAUGUCUGCGCUGGGAUGCACAUGGGAUGCAGCCUUAGUUUAUCUGAUACAGGGAGACGUCUGGGAGUCACCCUCAUUUCUUUCCAGUGUCAAGGAGUGGCAGCCAUGAAAUAGUUGUUUGUUUGGGGUCUUUUUUGCCCCCUUUAGAUUUUGGGGGUGGGUGAAGGGGAUGCUUUUAAUGAACGAAAGUGUGAGCGCGUGUGGUUUUUAAACUAGUGUCACUUUAAAUCUGGUGGUUUUAAGUCCGGAACAUCCAAAGGCUCAUUGUCAGAUGGACGUAGUGGGGUGUCUGUUUUCUGACAAUGAUUCAGUAAAUACAAAUGAGUCAGUGAAUCAGCUAGUAUGUACAAACGUAUGAAUGAAUCACUGCCAUUUUCUUACGAUAGCUUUUUACUUUUUAAUGUUUUACAAACCACUUCUUGUAUAUUGUAAAGACACUCGUGUAUAUAUCUAAUUUCUUUUUUUUUUUUCUUUUUUUUUCUUUUUUUUGGUCAUGUGAUAUGUAAUUUAAUUUGAAUUUUGUUUAUUGUGAAUUCAAUCGCCUGGAUGUAUGAAGAAAUCAGAUCUCUUCUGUACAUAUUUGUAAAAAAAACAAAAAAAAAGUAAAUGAAAUCACUGACUUGCUGCAAAGUGUAUUCCGCUUGUCAUCGAUGUCAGUUCGUGUGAUUACAUUCGUAUGUAUGUAAAGUAUAUACAUACAGUUUAUGUAUGAUUCGCAGCCAGUUGUCAAUGGUUAAAUAUAUAUCAUUUUUGAUACGCAGAAAUGUAAUUUAUUUAUGGACCGCAGAGAGAUAGAGAUAAUUAAAUUAUAUAUUGGUUGAAGAAUUGAAUCAGAUAUCUUAUUUAAGAUAAACUAUUGAAUAGGGUUUUACGACGAGAUGGGCUUUGUGACUUCAAGGUUUAGUUCUGUUAAGCUUUUAAGAUGAAAUGCUGUAUGGAGGAUGUAUUGUUCACAAACUGUUAGACAGCAGAAAUCCCUUCUUUUCCUGUUUUUGCACCAUGGAGCACAGAGCCUUGUAUUUAUUGUAGAAACCUGAGCUCUAGUACCUGUUUAUAAGAUGGAGCUGAGAGAAAUUUUAAGCUUGUACAAACUGCAGAUUUUACCUACUCGCCAAAUAACCUGUCUCAAACAGUAUUUUCUCAUGUGGGGGAAAUAAAUGUUCUAUUGAAUCUCUUAA